AUGAUGGUGUGUGAACAGCCACCCAAACAAUCCCGCCUCGCAAAAGAGCACAACGUCACGCCUCAGGAAGAGGCAGAGAUAAGAGAGGCGUUCAGCCUGUUUGCGGAGCCGAUGGAGGGGGAGGGGAGGGAGCGGGUUAUUCCUACUCAUGAUGUUAGGAGGGCGUUGAUGUAUGUUUCCUUUAUCCAUAUCCCAUCCCUUCUCGCUGACGUGCAUAGUGCCCUCGGCCUCCCCCCGACCUCCCCCUCGGAACUAGCGGACCUUCUCUCUAUCCUCGACCCAGACGAAGAGCUCGGCUACGCCACUUUUCCCAACUUCUUCGCCGUCUGCGCGCUCAAGAUACACAACAAGUCGCACUCUUCAGAGGAACACAUGGCCGAGGUGGACGAGGCGUUUGGGCUUUUUGCGAGCAACGGGUCGAAUGCGAUUACGUUGGCGAGUUUGAAAAAGGUGGCCAAGUUGUUGAAGAUGGAGGAGGAGGUGAGCGAGGAGGUGUUGAGGGAUAUGAUACUUGAGGCGAAUGGGGGUGCGGGGGUGGGGAGGGCCCCCAGGAAGGAGGAGCUCGAGGGGCCUAUGAGGAGGGCGGGCUUUUGGAGGUGA